AUGGACGAAACCACGCCCCUGACAAAAUCCCAAAACGACGUCGAAAAUGAGCACGGCAAUAACCCCCCAAGCGCCGCAGAUACGCCAAUGGCGGGGCGCAAGUCAAAGGUGGACAUGAUGUUCUUCGUGCCCGCUCUUUUAGGGGUAUUUCUCGCUCUGGCCGAUGAUUCCUUUGUCUUAUCUACCCACACCGAGAUUGCGUCGCAUUUCAACCACAUCUCAUUGGGAUCAUGGCUCGUCACUGCAUACAAUCUUGGCUAUGGCAUGACGCUUCCUCUGGUAGGUAAUGGCCACAUUCUGUAA